AUGCGUCGGCGACGACGCGCCGCGUCGAGGCGCCUCGCCGACGUCCUCCUCGUCGCCCUCGCCGCCUCGCAGACGGCUCGCCGCGCGGCGGGCGACGCCUUCGACGACGGCGUCGCCCUCGCGCGGCGCUUCGCGUCCUGCCGCCGGAGCGCCGCCGAGUACGGCCGCCUCGAGCGGUCGACGGCCGCGGCGGCCGGCGGGCCGAGCACGUUCACCGCGCAGCAGGUCGCUCCCUUCCGCGCGGCCGUCGGCGGCGACGCGGCGCCGCGCGACGUCGUCUACGUGCGCAACCAGAAGGUCGCGAGCCGCUGGUUCCUCUUCGGCGGGGGCCUCGCGGCCGCCGGCCGCGCGCCGCCGCCGCCGUCGCCGCGGCCGUCGCUCGAGCUGCCCGUCGCGCUCCUCCGCCACGGCCCCGAGACGCUCGCGACGCGGGGCAACCGGCGCUUCGCCGAGCCGCAGCGCCUCUGGGACCGCUGCGACAACGGCAGCUUCGGCUUCACCUUCGUCCGCGACCCGCUCGCGGCGUUCCUCUCGGGCUUCGUCGAGGUCCUCUGCCGGCCGCGGCAGAAGCGGAGCGACCUGGCGUUUCUCGCGCCGUCGCUGCGCAUGCCCCGCGGCAACGCGACGGCCGUGCUCGCGGCCUACGUCGCCGACGCGCGGCGCGGCGCGCCCCUCGGGCGCCUGAGUUUGCACACGUGGCCCCAGGCCUUCCGCGUGGACGCGCGCUGCGCGCCGCUGCGCUUCGUCGGCAAGCUCGAGGCCUUCGACGCCGCCUUCGACGCGCUCUUCCCGGCCCACGCGCCCGCGCCCGCCGCCGCGCACGGCGCGGCCGAGCGCAACGCCGCGCGCGGCUGCAAGGCGGACGUCGCGCGGACGCUCGCCGUCGACGGCGACGCGGCGCCGGGCGCGCCGGGCGCGGCGCUCGUCCGGGAGCUCUGCGCCUUCCUCGCCGCGGACUACGCGUGCUUCGACUACGCGCUCCCGCGCGCCUGCCGCUACGGCGGCCCGCCGCCGUCGCGGUCGCCGGCGCGGAGCUUCGAGUCGCCGGUGCGGGGCUGGCAGCGGCGGCCGAGCGGCGGCAACCACGGCGGCGGCGGCGGCGGCCACAACCAGUCCGGCGACGCGCUGGACACGACGCUCGAGCUCGACAGCUCCGACAUCUACGGCCACUUCGAGCAGUUCGGCGCGAAGGCGCUGUCGACGCUCGGCGCGCUCGGCGGCGCGGGCGCGCGGUCGACGCUCAGCGGCGCGCGCGGCGACGACGCGCCGCGGGGCCCGCUCGCGCGGCGCGCCGCGCGGCUCCGGCGCGCGUGGGCGGUCUUCGCGCGGCGCGCGCGCGCGGCCUGGAGCACGCACUACUUCUGGCUCUUCCUCGCGUUCCUCGCCUUAGGCGUGUCCGUCGCGGCCUAUUUGAUGGACGCGAGCGCGGCCGCGCUCCACAAGGCGCUCGUCAAGGGCGUGAGCGGCGAGGCCGGGCGGCCGCCCGCGGGCCGCCUCGCGGGCUACGUCGCCGCGCGCGUCGCCGUGACCCUCGUCGCCGUCGAGCUCACGCGGCGCGUGUCGCCGAUCGCCGCCGGAUCCGGCAUCCCCGAGACCAAGUCCGUGCUCGCGGGCUUCUCGCUGCCCGGGUUCCUGACGCUGCGCACGCUCGUCGCCAAGGUCGGCGGCGUCGUGCUGCUGCUCGGCGCGGGCCUGCCCGUGGGCAAGGAGGGGCCCUUCAUCCACACCGCGGCGAUUUUCGCGGAGCAGCUCCUGUCGCUGUCCUACUUCCGCGUGCUCAACGACACGCCGGAGUUCCGGCACCAGAUGCUGUCCGCGGCGGCGGCCGUCGGCGUCUCCGCGGCCUUCGGCGCGCCCAUCGGCGGCAUCAUGUUCUCCAUCGAGGCCACGGCGACGUUCUACGUGACCGCGCACUACUGGGGCGCGUUCUUCGCGGCGACGUGCGGCGCGUUCGUGAGCCGCGAGCUCGGCUACGACGACUACGCGGCGUUCAGCCCCAACUUCAAGAAGCUGCCCUACAAGCACUGGGAGAUGCCCCUCUUCUUCCUCCUCGCGGCGUUCGGCGGCCUGCUCGGCGGCCUCUACGUGAAGCUCUUCACGGCGAUCGUCGGCGCGCGGCGGUCGUGCGCGGAGGCGCGCGACCGGGAACCCGCCGGCGGCGCGGCCGCGGCGGCGCGGGGCGCCGUCGAGGCCUGCGUCGGGUCGAACCUGGGCUUCUCGGCGCUCGCCGCGGGGCUGUCGGGCGUCGCGGCCGCGGGCGUCGGCGACUUCAUGCACCUGGGCACGCGCGAGGUCCUCGACGACCUCUUCAGCGACGGCCCGCUCGCGCGCGCGCGCAACGGCCACAUCCACGAGCGGUCCAAGUGGGAGGACCAGGACGGCGGCGUCGUCGGCGCGCUCGUCUACUUCGUGCUCUUCACGUUCGCGUUCUCCGCGGCGUGCGUGGGCCUGCCCGCGUCGAACGGCCUCGUGACGCCGUCGUUCGCCAUCGGCGCGGGCGUCGGCCGCCUCUACGGCGAGGUGCUGCGCUUCGCGGCCGCGGCCGCGGGCGCGGCGACGUCGCCGUUCUCGCCCGCGGGCGGCUACGCGAUCGUCGGCGCGGCCGCGUUCUCCGUGUCCGUCACGGGCAAGAUCUCCAUCGGCGUCGUCAUCUGCGAGCUCACGGGCCAGCUCUCCUACGCGAUCCCCGUGCUCUUCGCGUGCGUGCUCGGGCUGGCGGCGGGGCAGGUCGUCGAGAUCGACAUCUACUCGAUGAUCGCGCGGAUGAAGCGCCUGCCGCACUGGCCGACGCUCUCCGCGGCGGCGGACUUCGCGCUGACCGUCGACGACGUCUUCGACCGCGACGAACACCUGUCGCGGUCCGCCGUGCCCCUGCGGACGCUGACGUCCGAGGGCGGCGCGGCGAAGCUCGCGCCCGGCGCGCGGCGCCACGUGCUCGAGCGCGCGCUCCGGGCCACGACGCACGGGCUCCUGCCCGUCGUCCUCGACGGCGACAGCGAGGCCUUCGUCGGCGCCGUGCGGGCCGUCGACGUCGACGUCGCGCUCCAACUCGCGGCCGACGACGCGACCGGCGCCGCGGCGAACCGCGGCGCCGCGGCGCCGCUCCUCGACGUCCAGGCGACGUGCGACGUCGACUUCACGUGGCCGCGCGUGAGCCGCUCCGCGAGCCUCAACUACGCCUGCUUCCUCUUCGCGCUCUACCAGUGCGGCCGCGUCUACGUCGUCGACGACCGCGGCGCGCUCGUCGGCUACCUCGACUCGACGCGCGUCGAGGCCGCCGUCGCGGACCGCCGCGGCCGCCGGCGCGACGGCGACGAGGCCCACAUAUCCCGCCGGCGGGAUAUGCCCGAGGCACCCAUGGGCGCCCUGAGCGACGCGCCCUGGAAGCUCAUGGUCGCGGACGUGCUCUUCUUCAUGGCCUUUGGCAUGUCGAGCGUUCUCGUGCCCCUGCUCAUCGUCUCGCGCGAGCGGCGGCGCUGCCCGGACGACGACGGCGACCCCUGCGGCGCCGUCGCCGCGCAGCGCAUCGUCGCGUACGGCCUGUGCGGCGGCGUGCCCCAGGCCCUCGCGGGCGCCUGGCUCGGCGGCGUCGCCGACGCGCGGGGCCCGCGCGUCGUGCUCGCCGGCUGCUGCGGCGGCGGCGCGGCCGCGCUCGCCGCGCCGGCGGCCGGCGGCUGGGCCGCGGACGCCUACGGCGACGCGCCGGCGCUCGCCGCCGCGGCGGCGCUCGCCGGGCUCGCGCUCGUCUGGGUCGUCGCCGCGCUGCCGCCGACGCGGCGCGCGCGGCCCGCGGCCGCGGCGCCGCGGUUCGCGGACGCCGCCGCGGGCCUGCGGGCGCUCGUCGCGCCGGGCGGCGACGCGCGCGCGCUCGCCGCGGCCUGGGCCCUCGUCUCCUGCAACAACGUCGGCGUCGGGGCCAUCGCCGUGCAGUACCUCGCGCGGCGCUGGUCCAAGGCCCAGGUCGGCGCGUACGUGUCGCUCCUCGGCGCCGCGGCGGCGGUCGGGAACGUGGCGCUGGAGCCGCUCGCGCGGCGCGGCGCGCGGCGGUCGAAGCGCCGCGACGACCGCGACGUCGCCGUCGACCUGUUGCUGGCGCGGCUCGGCUGCCUCGCGUCCGCGCUGCUGUCGCUGGGCUUCGCGACCGUGAAGACGCAGCGCGCGAUGUACGCGUUGGUGCCGCUCGCGGCGCCCGUGGCCGCGGCCAUGCCCGCGCACCGCGCGCUGCUCGUGCGCGCCGUGCCCGCGCGGGACGCGGGCGCGGCCCUCGGCGCGCUGGGCGCCGUCGAGGCCGCGGCCGGGCUCGCCGCGCCCGCCGGGCUCGGCGCGGCCUACGCGGCGCUCGCGGCCGCGGACCGGCCGGGCGACGCGUUCUACGCCACGGUCGCGACGGCGCUCGCCGCGCUGGCGAUCCUCCUCGCCCGGCCCCCGCGCCCGGGCGUCGAGCCGGACCUCGCCGAGGCCACCUUGGCAUAG